AUGAAAGAGUGUGGAUACAGUGAAAUAAACACUUGUGGUACAUCCCCCAUGGAGUCUCCUCACAUGAAGAAGAAAGCUACUGUACGGAGAAAAUGGGAAGUUUUCCCUGGGAGGAACAGGUUUUAUUGCGAUGGUCGGGUUAUGAUGGCCAGACAGACAGGAGUCUUCUACCUCACAAUGAUUCUUAUCUUGGUCACCAGUGGUCUCUUCUUUGCAUUUGAUUGUCCAUAUUUGGCUGUGAAGAUUACACCUGCAAUUCCUGUUAUAGGUGGGGUACUUGUCUUUUUUGUAAUGGGGACCUUGCUGAGGACCAGUUUCAGUGAUCCUGGGGUUCUUCCCCGCGCCACCCCGGAUGAAGCUGCAGAUUUGGAAAGACAAAUAGAUGUUGCCAAUGGCUCUACUUCAGGUGGUUAUCGGCCUCCUCCUCGAACAAAAGAAGUGGUUAUCAAUGGACAGACUGUGAAACUGAAAUACUGUUUUACCUGCAAAAUAUUCCGCCCACCUCGUGCCUCUCACUGCAGUUUGUGUGAUAACUGUGUAGAGCGCUUUGAUCACCACUGUCCCUGGGUGGGAAACUGCGUGGGGAAAAGAAACUACAGAUUUUUUUAUAUGUUCAUUUUAUCGCUGUCCUUUCUGACAGUGUUUAUAUUUGCAUUUGUUAUAACACACGUCAUUCUUCGUUCACAGCAAAGUGGAUUUCUCAAUGCCUUAAAGGACAGUCCUGCAAGUGUUCUGGAAGCUGUGGUUUGUUUUUUUUCGGUUUGGUCAAUCGUUGGGCUUUCGGGUUUCCACACAUAUUUAAUCAGCUCAAAUCAAACUACAAAUGAGGAUAUUAAAGGAUCCUGGUCUAGUAAAAGAGGCAAAGAAAACUAUAACCCAUAUAGCUAUGGCAACAUCUUUAAGAACUGUUGUGCUGCUCUUUGUGGACCAGUGAAUCCAAGCUUAAUUGAUAGAAGAGGGUUUGUGCAAGCUGAUACGGCGCAGGCAGUCUCCCCCUCCAAUGGACUGACAAUGUAUGGGUCUACCCAGUCUCAAAGCAAUAUGUGCGACCAAGACCAGUGCAUUCAGAGCACCAAAUUCGUUUUGCAGGCCGCAGCUACACCACUUCUUCAGAAUGAGCCCUCUGCAACCAGCGACGAACUGCCAUUGCCUGGAAAGGCUUCCAUACGUGCACCGUGUACCUCUAUAGCACUCGGUCAGCCAACACCACCCUCCUCGAUGCCAAAUCUUAAUUCAGAAUCCAUUUUAACAGACAUGAUACCAUUGAAAGAGGACCUUGGAAACCAUCAGUUCCUAACACCAGAUGAGGCUCCUUCACCUCCGGGGAUGCUGCCAGUAAACAGCCCAGUGACUCAUAGCCAUACCAUGCAUGUCAUAAAUCUGGUCAGUCAAGACUCUUUGCAUGAAGAUUCCGUGCGUGGUCUUGUAAAACUCAGCUCUGUCUGAUCAACUGUGAUUCUAUCAAUUAUCAGAAUGCACAUCUUUUAAUCCCUGUGAUAUGCUUGCACUGUGUUAUGAGAAAUGUGCAUUGUACAGUGACACCCCGUUCACAAUGGCUAAAGCUCUGAGGCCAGUGCAGAAAUUUUAUUGAUUUUUUUUCCUUUUUUUUUUUUUUUUUUUAAACCGUUGUCUGCCUCAGUUAAGAAAUCUUUGUUUUCCAGACCUAUUCUUACUGGUCAUCCGUGAUUGUAUAGCCUCUAUAAGAAAUGUGGUCUGUGUAAAAGGACUUGGCGUAUCGUUUUACAGUUCAUUGUAAUAUCCUUUUAAAGAAAAACCGUUGGAUGUACUGACUUGCACUAAAGCAAAUCCAGGAGAUUCUCAAGGCAUUUUGAGGAUUUCUCGUUUGGCCAGAAUACUAGGACUUCCAUACAUUUAGAAGCCUAACAUAACUGUACAAUGAGAGCUACACAAAAGGUGGAGAGAUCCUCGCUAGUCUUUUUCUAUAAUUUUAAAGCAAAAUUCAUUCAGUAUAUUUACUAAUUUGUGUUGCGAAAUCUGCAAAUACACUGCCCUCUAAGAAACUGUUUUAUGGUGUGUUAAUCUUGAAAAACACAAACUGCUGUUUUGUAAUUGGUGUUACAAUAAAUAGCAAACACCAAACUGACAAAAUGAAACUAUUUUGUUACUUUGUUAUAAUAUGGUCAGCUAGGCUUUACAAAUAAGGGCUGCUACUGAAUCAUUGUCUUCUUUGCACAUUAUAAUAUUAUGACAUUUUCCCUGUGCUCCGAGGUAUCUGGUGGACAUCCAAUAAAUAUACAUUGCUUUCUUAUGA